GGGCUGCCCCUAUAGUACACACUGCAGCUUAGUAAACAUGAUGUAGUUUAAGUUGAGCUCGGUGCAGAGCGGAGCAGGCUACUGCACUUCAGAAUCAAAGGCAGCGGGAGAUAGCGAACGGAACUACACCGUUCUAUGAAUGUUUGUACUAGUAAAUGAACGUUUGUUCAGUAUUCACACACGAAGAGUCCCUUACCGGAAAAUGAGUCACUGGGUCAGAAAGUUAUUUCCUAUUUCAGAAAUGUUGAGAAACUCACAUGAAACGAAGGAGGAGAGAACGGAGGAAGAACUCCACAUUAUCGCCGGGCGGAACUCUUCAAACUUCACGAUCAAUAACUGAAGAAACCGCUGAACAGGGUAACACUAUGGAUUAAUGACCGAACAGUGAUAUCAGAAUGGCAGCAAGACAAACACUAUCUCUGAUCCUCCUUGGAUUAUGCAUGGGCACUCAAAUUGUGAAAUGCACCUCGGUGUGUUCAAUUGAUGGCUCUGUUGUCCUUUGCACAGAUAGAGGCCUUCAAGAAGUGCCAGAGCUGCCCACGCAUGUAAAUAGUGUGGAUCUGAGUAACAACAGCAUUGCUGAACUCCAUGAAACAUCAUUUACUCAUCUGGAAGGUCUACAAGUCCUCAUACUGAUGCGCCAAACACCGGGACUUGUGAUCAGAAACAAUACAUUCAGAAGACUCUCUAAUUUAACAUCACUUAAGCUGGACUACAACCACCUGCUGCAAAUGGAUACUGGGGCAUUUGACGGAUUAUCCAACCUUAAAACUCUCACUCUCACUCAGUGCAGUUUAGAUGGUUCUGUUUUGUCCGGUGAUGUCCUUAAACCUCUGGUGUCUCUAGAAAUGCUUGUCUUACGUGAAAACAACAUUCACAGAAUCCAGCCGGCAUCGUUCUUUUUAAAUAUGAGGAGAUUCCACGUGCUGGAUCUCUCUUACAACAAAGUGAAGAGCAUCUGUGAAGAAGACCUCCUCAGCUUUCAGGGUAAACAUUUCACGCUUCUGACCCUUGCCUCCGUGAUACUGCAAGACAUGAAUGAGUACUGGUUAGGAUGGCACAAGUGUGGAAACCCAUUUAAGAACAUGACCGUAACUGAAUUGGACCUAUCUGGAAAUGGCUUUAACGUUAACAAUGCAAAGCAAUUUUUUAAUGCAGUCACUGGUGCCAAAAUCCAAAGUCUAGUUUUCAGUAACAUUUGCAGUCUGGGCAAAUCGUCCGGUAAUAAUUCAAAAGAUCCAGACAAAUUCACAUUCAAGGGUCUUGAGGUGAGUGGUAUUAAAACUUUUGAUCUGUCCAAUUCAAGUAUUUUUUCACUGUCAUAUUCAGUAUUUAGUUAUUUGCCAGAUCUAGAACAAAUUACAUUAGCACAAAGUCAGAUCAACAAGAUUGAAAGUAAUGCAUUUUUGGGUAUGACUAAUUUACGGAAGCUAAACCUGUCAGUAAACUUCCUGGGUAAUAUUAAUUCAGAAACUUUUAAAAAUCUAGAGAAACUUGAGGUGCUCGAUUUGUCAUAUAAUCAUAUAUGGAUGCUUGGAUUUCAGUCAUUUCAAGGACUUCCAAAUCUACUCAUCCUAAAUUUAACAGGAAAUUCUAUCCUUCAUGCACACAGAUUUGCAACCCUACCAAGCCUAGAGAAACUCUACUUGGGUGACAACAAAAUUAUACAUGCGUCCGAUUUACUCAACAUUGCCACGAACCUCAAAACCCUUCACCUGCAGUUUAACAAACUAUUUUCCAUGUCAGAGCUCUACACGAUACUAGAGAAAUUUCCUCAAAUCGAGGAAAUCAUUUUUCGAGGUAACAAACUCGUUUAUUGCCCUGACGACAAACAUAAAGUGCUUUCGCAAAAAAUACAAAUCCUUGAUAUUGCAAGUGCAGGUUUGGAAGUUGUUUGGUUAGAAGGAAAAUGUUUAAAUGUAUUUAAUGACCUCCACCAGUUACAAGUGCUUUAUCUGAGUUACAACAGACUGCAGUCGCUUCCCAACUACGUUUUCAAAGACCUCACCUCUUUGGUGUUUUUGGAUUUGUCCUUCAAUUCUUUGAAGUACCUUCCUAAUGGUAUUUUCCCUAAAAGUCUACAAUAUCUUAAUCUAGAAUAUAACUCGAUUUAUUCAGUAGAUCCAAACCUCUUUAACACCCUCAGCUACCUCAGCCUGCUGGGCAAUGAUUUUCGUUGCGAUUGCAAGCUAAGGGAUUUCCAAACAUGGCUUAAUCAAACCAACGUAAUCUUUUCUCACUCCAUUGAGGAUGUGACAUGUGCCAGUCCUGAGGACCAGUACAAGGUUUCGGUUGUGAGAUCCAGCAUACAAUGUGAGGAUGAAGAGGAUGAGAGGAGCGUUGAAAAACUGAGGCUUGUGCUUUUCAUUUUCUGUUCUGCACUGAUCACAUUAUUCACUACCAGCACCAUCAUUUACAUGUGUCAACGGGGCAACAUCUUCAAGCUUUACAAAAAACUUAUUGAUAAACUUGUGGAUGGAAAGCAACAGGAGCCCAAUCCUGAUCGAUUCUUGUACGACGUGUAUCUUUGUUUCAGUUCCAGUGAUAUUAAGUGGGUAGAAAGAGCGCUGCUGAAGAGGCUCGACUCUCAGUUCUCAGAGCAGAAUACACUCCGCUGCUGCUUUGAGGAGCGAGACUUCAUACCCGGGGAGGACCAUCUUACCAACAUGCGAAAUGCUAUCCAGAACAGUCAAAAAACCCUUUGUGUGGUGUCUGAACGUUUCCUGAAGGAUGGCUGGUGCUUAGAAACCUUCAACCUGGCUCAGUGCAGGAUGCUUGUGGAACUUAAAGACAUUCUGUUGGUGCUAGUUGUUGGGAACAUACCGCGGUACAGGUUACUAAAGUACGAACAACUGAGAUCCUACAUUGAGAACAGAAGGUACCUUAUGUGGCCUGAUGACAGCCAGGACUUGGAGUGGUUUUAUGACCAACUUCUGCAUAAAAUAAGACAAAACACCAAGGUUAAACAAACAAAUGUUAAAGAAAAAGACAAGGAGGUUGAAAACAAUCCUGAAGCAGCACAUGUUCAUGCAGACACGGCAGUGUAACUGAAGGA